AUGGAGUAUAAGGAUUACAGACUUCUAUCUUUUCUCACCCAACAAGGCGCUCUUAUUCAACGCUCUUGUCCUUACACCUCUGAACAGAGAUUACAUAUCUCUCGUCGUGUUACUUUUUGGGAUUAUACUAUGUUCUUCAGUCUCUCGUCCUUUCAUACCCCUCUCUCAAGUCUUCAUCCCUUGAUUACUGAUGCUUCCAUUGAUCUUUUUCUUUCUUUUGAGUCCAUUCAUGAUACUGAGCUUGAGCAAUUUGCACUAGUUUCUGCCAACCCAGAUCAGUCUUUUUUCUCAACUGUUGAACCUGAUCCUAUACAUGACCCUACUUCUCUUGUUCGACGUUCCACUCAGGCAAAAUAUACUUCUGAUCUAUUGGCCUGUUUAUGCAUCAUUGAUUCCAUAACAACAUUGACACUCGAUCCCAAUGUUCACUUAACUCUGUUUGGUGGAGUUCCACAUGAAGACGUCAGUCUACAUCGUCAGCUUGUUGGCAGUCUUAUUUACCUAAUAGUAACCCAUCCAAACAUUGCAUAUGUAGUUCAUAUUGUUAACCAGUUCAUGGCUGCUCCAAGAACCAUUCAUUUUACUAUUGUUCUCUGUAUUCUUUGCUAUGUCAAGGGCACUCUGGGGCAUGGACUUCAGUUCUUUUCGUAG